AUGGGCUAUGUUUCGGCCGAGGGCAGAGUACCUUACCUUGCUUUUGCUGACGAUACGAUUAUCUUCACUCGGUGCUCGGAAACUUGCUUGCUGGCACUACGUGACUUUCUCCUACUUUACCAGCAGCACUCCGGCCAAAAGGUAAAUAUCGGGAAGAGCGCAUUCCUCUCAUCCUCUAGCCUCCCUACAGAUCUAGACAAUCUUGUGGGUUCGACACUGGGGUUUCACAAGCAAUGCUUCCCAUUGAAAUAUCUAGGGGUGCCCCUUGCCCGUGGGAGAAUGGGGGCGAUAAUCUUCGACCCCCUCCUAGCAAGCCUACGCGCACGUCUCUUCCAUUGGAGCUCGAAACUUCUGAGUAUGGGGGGUAAGGUUAUUCUCCUCAGGCACGUGCUUAGCUCGCUCCCCCUAUUUUUAUUACAAGCGCUUUGUCCCCCAAAAUCCGUCUUGGUGGCUAUGGGCAGGAUUUGCAACUCCUUCUUAUGGAAUUUAAAUGUAGAGUCACGGAGGAUGCAUUGGGCGGCGUGGGAAAAGUUGUGUUUCCCGGUGCAGGAGGGUGGUUUGGGAGUUCGCUCCUUUCGGGACUCUGCUAGGGCCUUUGCUUGCAAGUCCUGGUGGCAACUACGCAAGAACGACUCACUCUGGGCAGAUUUUAUGCAUAAAAAGUAUAUCAAGGGCACGCACCCUUCGAUCGCGGCGGUGGAUCGACCCCCGGCUUCGUGGAGGCGCCUGCUAGCUGUACGGGAGUUUGCGGAGUCACAGAUACGAUGGUGCUUAGGGAAGGGAUUCGUCGAUUUCUGGUAUGAUGCCUGGUGUGGCGACCUCCCUCUUGCACUGGAGCUGGGUGUGUCGGAUCCUCCCCAUUUCCUAGUGGGUGAGUUUUUUACAUCUCAAGGGUGGAACGUUCUGAGGUUGAGGGAGUGGGUACCAGAGGCCGUAGUUCAGCGGAUCGCUACUAUCUUUUUUUCUCCGGAGCAGGAUGACGUGAUGGGAAAGGGAGUAACGUUAGGCUCUCGGUGUAAUUGCUGCCAGCAGUCGCAUGAGACAGUUUCUCACCUUUUCCUGCAUGGCACGGUGGCAAAAGCAGUAUGGGAGCAUUUUCUCAAGACCUUCGGCUUAUUUCCGGCUAACUCGAGUAGUGCAGCUUCGAUGUUGACGCACUGGUUUCUCUCUCACUCCAAGGUUUCGGCAGUACAUGUGCGGGUUCUGGUUCCCCUAUUGGUUCUCUGGUUCAUCUGGAAGAGUAGGAACUUGGCAAGGUUUCAAGCAGGCAUUUUUACCCCAACUCAGGUGAUCUCUCAGAUAGAAGAGUUUUUGGGACAGAUGGGUAGGGCUCGUGCUUUCGCGAGGCCCUCUUUUGCAGGUGAUCGGGACUGCCCGUGGGCGAGCCUCUGCAACCCCUCAAGGCGAGAUAUAGGGGCGAUGCUGGUCUCUUGGGAAAAGCCACCGACGGGCUGGCUUAAGCUCAACUCUGAUGCUAGUGUAAUCAAUGGUAAGGCGGCUGGUGGAGGGGUCUUGCGCGACCACUGGGGGAGGGUGGUCUGGGCGUACUAUAAGGAGUUUGGGGACUUGGAUGUGCUAGCAACGGAAGCCCAAUCCCUUCUUUUCGGUCUCCAAUUGUGUGUGGAACGAGGUGUUAGCUCGUGGGUUCGAAAGCCUUGUCAAAGUGGCCACUGUGCACUGUUUUGCGAGAGAUCACACACCACAUUGGACGCCAGGAGGCAACCCUCCUUCAUGUAUUUCGAGAAGCCAAUGCGGUGGCGGAUGCAUUAG